UUUCAACCAAGAAGGGCCAUGAUUCGCAUGAACAUGGUGCAACCUGUCCGGGUGGAUCAGGACUCAGGAGUUGCAGAUUUGCACUUGCAAUCCAAGCCUUGAGUACCGCAUAGGGGAGUCCUCUUCUGCCUCCUGGGCCCCGCAAGUUUCCUAGGCUUUCUCCUGCAGUGUGGCAGGCAGAUCGUUGCAUGUAGAGGUGCGCCUGGGCGCCAUGGAGGGUCUCAUUGGGUUGUCAGAGCUGGUGGAGCAGGCGCAGGCGCUGCUGGGCGACGCCGACAGCUCAGGGGGCGCAUCGACGUUCCUGCGGGUGGUGGCCCUGGGCAGCGUGGGCUCCGGCAAAACUGCGGUGCUCAACAGUCUCUUGGGAUACCCGGUUCUGCCUACCGGGAAGGUGGAGGGCGGAGCCACGCGCAUACCGCUCGUGGUCAAUGUGACGCGCAGCGGAGGGAUGGGCGUGAGGGCAGUCCUGGGGAACAGGAGCUUGCUCACCGCAGGGGAGAUCCGGCGCGCGAUCCAGGGCGAGAUGAAGAAGGGGCUGCUGCCCAACGUCCUCAAGCGGGGCUCCAAGGACCUUGUGGAGCUCAGCGUCUCCGCAGCCGCAGCCCCUCCGCUCACGUUGGUUGAUCUGCCGGGAAUAUUGGACAAAGCAUCAGAACGUGAUGAUCUGGUCACUGAGUUUGCUGGCAGCAACGACGCCAUCCUCCUUGUUGCUCUUCCUGCCCAGGCGGCCCCUGGGGUUGCCAACACGCGCGUCCUCCGCUUUGCCCAGGAGCUUGAUCCAGACGGGUCGCGUACGGUGGGCGUGCUGACGCGCGUGGACCAGGCUGCCGGGGAUGCGCGCGCGCUGUCGGCCACGAGCGCGCUGCUGCAGGGGCAGGGCCCCGGGCUGAGCCGCGAGAUCCCGUGGGUGGCCACCAUCACCAAGGCGCAGGCGGACGUGAGCGCGGACGAGAGCCUGGCCGGGUCGUUCCAGGCGGAGCUGGACAUGCUGCGCAACAUCCUGGGCCGCGGCUCGCAGCUGCGCCUCGGCCGCACCGCGCUCAUCGAGGCGCUCUUUGCCACCAUCCGCAACAGGACCAAGCAGAAGAUCCCCACGCUGCUCGCUGGGCUCGAGGGGCGUUCUGCGCAAGUGGAGGAGGAGCUGGUGCGCCUGGGCGAGCGGCGCGCCACCACCAGCGAGGGCCACCGCGCCGUCGUGCUGGAGCUGGCGCGCGAGUUUGACGACACCUUCAACCAGCACAUUGAGUCGGGCGAGGUGGGGGGUGCCAAGAUGGUGUCCUCGUUUGAGACGAGCCUGCCCCAGCGCAUCCGCCGCCUGCCGCUGGACGACCUCUUUGAGCUGGCCGCCAUCAAGAAGCUGGUGGAGGAGGCGGACGGGUACCAGCCGUACCUGCUGUCCCCCGAGAAGGGCCUGCGCGCGCUGGUCAAGAAGUGCCUGGAUCUGGCCAAGCCGCCGUCGCUGCAGUGCGUGGACGAGGUGCACCGCACGCUGCUCGAGGUCGUCAGCGCGGCCGCCGCCGCCACGCCCGGCCUGAGCCGGUACCCGCCGCUGCGGCGCUGCAUCGUGGAGCUGGCAAGCGGUGCGCUGGACGCGUAUCGGUUGGAGGCCAAGACGAUGGUGGUGGCGCUGGUGGACAUGGAGCGCAGCUUCAUCCACCCCACCAAGUUCCGCAAGCUCGUGCAGCGCCGCCUCGAGAAGCUCGCCUACGAGGAGGACAUGAAGGAGACCGCCAAGACGCAGGAGCAGUCCCUGCUCUCCAAGAUCACGGGGCGGCGGUCGACGAGCGAGAAGGCGGCGGAGGCGGGCAAGGGCGCGUCGCUCAAGGAGCAGAAGGAGGCGGCCAGCAGCAAGAGCACGCCGCCCACGACGCCCACCAAGGAGGCCAACAAUACGCAAACCGGCUUCGUCAGCGGCCAGGAAAUGAUUGCAGGCUACUUGUGGAAGAAGAGCUCCGACUCUAACUCGUGGAGCAAGCGCUGGUUCGUCUUGAACGGCAAGAUUGGCAGGCUGGCGUACAUGAAGAAGCCGGAGGACAAGUACUUCCGCGGCGUGGUCAAGCUGGAGGAGUGCAUCGUGGAGGAGCUGGUGGACCGCGAGGACCUGCUGGACGGGCCCGAGAGCAGCGGCUCCACGGGGCCGGAGCCGGGCAAGGACGGCAAGCCCACGCGCCAGGUGCUGAAGAGCAGCUCCAGCCUCGGCCAGGCGCAGACGCUCGCCUUCCGCAUCACCAACAAGACGCCCUACAAGUCCGUCGUCAAGGUGCACAACUCGCUGCUGCUGCGCGCGGAGAACGCGGCGGAGAAGCAGGAGUGGGUGUCCAAGAUGCGCGCCGUCGCCGCGCGCGCCUCGGGGGCCAAGGAGGUCGAGAGCGACGCCGACUCGGGCUACGACAACGAGGAGCCUCCUGCUGCGGCGGCGCCUCCGGUUCGUGCGGUGCGGCCGGCUGACCCGGAUGCGGAGCUGCGGCUGAUGGGGUCCGAGGUGCGCGACUACGUGGACGCAGUGCUCGAGAACCUGGCCGCCAACAUCCCCAAGGCGGUGGUGUUUUGCCAGAUCGAGCGCGCCAAGGAGACGCUGCUGAACAAGCUGUACAGCGGCAUCAGCGCGCAGGCGGACACGGGCAUCGACGGCCUGCUGCAGGAGGACGGCGAGGUGCGGCAGCAGCGCGAGCGCUUCAUGCAGCAGAACGACGCGCUCAAGAAGCUGCAGCGCCAGCUCAGCAUGCAGGAGGCCAAGGUCGCCAUCGAGGGCGGGCCCGACCCAGGUGCGGAACCGGUUGAGGACAACAGCUGGCGGACGGCCUUCCGAGACGCCGGCCAGGACGGCAGCUACGCGGACGUGCCGCCCAGCCCGGUGGCCAACGGGGGGUCGCUCCCAAAGUCGCGCAUGUCGCGGGAAUAUUCUGAACCAGUGCAACGAGAAGCACCAGCACCACCGCAAGUGUCGGAACCACAACCGCCGAAGUCCAAAUCAAGAUGGGGUUUUUAGAGGACCACUUAUGACGUUUUUGGAAUACAAGGGGACGUUGGUUGCUUCAAAUGCGCAGCUCCCAUACUAUUGCUAGGUUCCAAGGUCCGGGAAUGCACUCUGCUGGUUACCAAGACAAUCAAGAGGUUGUAUUUCAUUUGAGUCCUGGCCCAGUCAUCCUUCUACAAGAUGUUGGGUGCAUUCUGCUUGUUUGUGUUGAGUCUAGUGAUGGGUUACUCUCGCCAACACACGCCACAAUGAUACAUCCCUGAUUGAAGGAGUGAAUAAUAGCUCGACUUGCUCUAGC